GUAGUUACGAAAGUGAGGUUACGUAUUUAGAUGCUAGCUUUGCUGUAUUAUGCAAAAAGUUAUUUCGGUGAGAACAAGUAUGGCUUCCCGUCUAGGUAACAUCUUGAGAAGGACGUUCUCCGCUCAAGGACCUUCAGCCACUUCUGGAGACCAUGGAGAGGGAGUCAAACUUUGGCGGAAUCUAACAUUCUUUGUUGCCCUUCCUGGUGUAGCCCUCUGUUGGGCAAAUGCCUAUGUUUUUGCAGAACAUGAUCACGAAAGGACUGAAUUUAAACCCUAUUCACAUCUUUACAUUCGCUCUAAGCCGUUCCCUUGGGGUGAUGGUAACCAUGGACUUUUCCAUAACAAAGCAGUGAAUGCCUUACCAGAGGGCUAUGAAGAUUAGUUUCAUGUGGAUAUUAAUGUCGUUGCUGUAAUCUUUUUAAGUUAUCAGUUCUACUUUGUAGUUCAGUUCUCUGCCGGUCACAAUGUGACCUAGCAGUUACGUGCACAAUAAAGAAGAUAACACCCUU